CUUUGCCUGUGGUGUAUACAUAUAUUUGUCCUUGUCGCAGAGUAUUCCUCUCUUUGUUUGAUCAAAGUAAGAUGCUGUCAUCUAUUGAAUCUGGUUAAAACCGCGAAUAAGUAAGAAGAGCAAAAGGUAUCAAGACAAAGAGUGCAGUAGCCUUAGAAUUUAGUUAACGUUUUAAAUACUCUUCACACAAUUCAGCAGGUAUUUAUCGAACGUGAUCGAGCCUGAUCACAUGCAGUCGGCAACGAAUAUCGUACGAUAUUGUAAAUUGAAGUGAAACGCACGAUUAACAGCGAGAUGUCAAAGUGCUCAAGGAUAGCAGUAUGAAACGUAAUUUUCUGCGUAUCGAUCGAGCGGAUAUAUUUAACAAAUGUACGUGUUGUUCGAUGUUGUAGCAUUCCGAAUUUUUUAGUACGAGCAGACUUGGAUCGACAGAAAAGAAAUUCAAGGAAGAUCACGAAUGUUUCUUUGUGAGAUGAAACUGCGCCGUUAGAACAGAAAUAGAACAGAAAAAAUUCUUUUUUCUGUUUUAUUGCAUUCAUAUUGACGACCAUGUCGAAGUCCGAUACACCAAAAUUUGUAACUGCACUGUUUUCCUUCAAAGGAAAGAAUAAUGACGAGCUGUGCUUUAAGAAAGGAGAUGUGAUAACAAUAACACAGACAGAUGAUGAAGGUUGGUGGGAAGGAACGUUGCACGACAAAACGGGAUGGUUUCCAGCUAAUUAUGUCAAAGAAUGCAGAAUUACCGAUAAUAACAUUUCGACUAUGAAAACAUCUCCUGAAAAAAGUUUACUAGAAUCACCUGCGCAUCAAAAUCGUGAUAUUGUGUUAAAGGAUUUAAUAGAUUCUGAAAGAGUAAAUGUAGCGGAAUUACAGGGUUUGAUAAAUAAUUUUUUGCAUCCUUUAGAAUCUGCUAACAUAUUAAACAAAGAGGAAUACAAGCAACUUUUGGGUAAUAUACACGAAGUUUUGGAAGUGCAUCAGCGAUUGCUAUCAAAUUUGGAAGCAGCUAUAACGCAAGAUCGUGCUUCUAGAGUUGGAAAUCUCUUUCUUGCACUUGCUUCAAAGUUAAAAUCUAUUCAUACAACCUAUUGCGGUAAUCAUCCAACAGCUGUAUGCAUUUUAGACCGGUACAGAGACGAAUUGAAUGAUUUCAUGGAACGUAGCGGGGCAAUAUCGCCGGGUAUAUUAGUGUUAACAACCGGUUUAAGUAAACCUUUUCGGAGAUUGGAUAAAUAUUCUGCUAUGCUUCAAGAAUUGGAAAGAUAUACGGAAAAGAAUCAUCCUGAUAGAGGGGAUACACAACGCAGUAUUGUUGUGUAUAGAGAGAUAGCGGAUCGAUGUGCAUCCAUACGAAAACAACGCGAGUUGGCGCUUCAAAUUUUAACUAGUGGCAUUAAAGGAUGGGAGGGAGAAGAAUUGAGUUCGCUCGGAGAAAUUCUUUAUGUUGGAUCUGUUACUUUGGCAAGUGGAACCACGGGUCUAGAUCGUCGAGAUAGAUACUUCGUUCUUUUUCCAACGACCCUUUUGGUUCUCAGUGCUAGUCCAAGGAUGAGCUCUUUUGUUUACGAAGGAAAACUUCCAUUAACGGGUAUCACUGUAACUCGAAUAGAAGAUACAGAUGAAAUAAGAAAUGCUUUUGAAAUUACAGGCCCAAUGAUAGAAAGAAUACUGGUACUUUGCGCUACUAAAGAAGAUCAACAACGAUGGAUCGAACUUUUAAUACAGGAACAAACAAGUAACAGUCUUGUGAAAUCACCGACAACGUCACGCAUUUGCCAUCAACAAAGCGGGAAACAACAACAGCAGCUACAAGUGCAGCAGCAACAACAACAGCAACCACAGUCACAACACAGAUCAAUUACGGACCCUUGUGUCUCUCUAGGAAUUAAAACACCUUGGAGUAUUGCUUCAUUACGACCAGCUUCUCCUUUCUAUAGCUUCAAAGUAUUUGAUGAAAGACAAUUUGAAGAGGAUGCAAUCAUAUUGAAGGUAAUCGAAGCAUAUUGCCUUUCUGUUAAUGCUAGAUUCACCGUACAUUCUGGAGAAUCAACUUCCAUGCUGGAAUACGAUUCACAUAAAAUGCGGGACAGAACAUCGUUGACGCAUAAUCGUGGAAAUUGGGAUUUUUGUAGUAAUCGGACAUUAUCGGAAACAGUUAGAACACUGAAAAAUCAAAUGACAGAUUUACAGUCGCAAAUGUCAUUAUUAACGAAACAAUUGGAUGAAGAGAGAAGAUCGAGACUUUCUUUAGCUGCAACGGUGAAACGUAGCAUGGGUGUUGUGGAUGGGUCGGUACCUUAAAUGUUCUUGAUAAAUUCUUAAUGAUUUGCGUUUUGUCAUAUUUGUAUCUUCUAACACGAUUCAAAUUUGAGUUUGACAAUAGGAAUGUUCUUUCUGUAAAAUCUUCACACAGUGCCAUUGUAAUAAAAACACAAAGAUAUAUAUAUAUAUAUAUAU